AUGAUGCAAAAGCGUGGAAUGCUUGAAUGGGAAAAUGUCUCACGUGUUUCCAUUAAAAAAGACUGUGAAAAAGUUUUUGAGAUAGAAAAGAACAAGCUGAAGAAUUUAUUAAAGUCUAUUUCAAAGAUUAGUGUGACCAAGGAUAUGUGGAAGUCUACCAAUCAGAAAAUCGAGUAUAUGGUUCUUACAGGCCAUUUUGUUGAUUCUAAUUGGCAAUUACAAAAACAUGUUCUUAGCUUUAUUCACUUACCUCCUCCUCAUCGUGGGCUUGAGAUUGCUGACAAUCUUUACAAGUGUUUUAAGGAUUGGGGUAUAGAGAAUAAGGUGUUCACUAUUUCCGUUGACAAUGCCUCAAAUAACGAUUCGGCUGUUAGGAUCCUAAGUGAAACUUUUUCAAGGGUUAAAAAGUUGCCUUGUGGAGGAAAGUUGUUUCAUGUACGUUGUUGUGCACACAUCUUGAAUCUUAUGGUUCAAGAUGGACUUUCUAGAAUUAGCUAUAUUAUUGAGGAUAUUCACGAAACUGUCACAUUUAUCAAUCAAAAUGAAGGGAGACUUAAUUUGUUUUCUGAGAUUGUGCAACAGUUGCAAUUGCCACAUAGAAAACUUAUUCUUGAAUGCAAGACAAGAUGGAAUUCAACAUAUCAAAUGUUGUCGGCUGCAAUCAAAUUUAAAGAGGUGUUUCCAAUGAACAAAGAAAGAGAGCCACACUAUCUUUGUUGUCCUAGCAAUGAUGAUUGGUUGAAGGUGGAAAAGGUAUGUGAAAUCUUAGAAGUUUUUGACUCUGUGACUAAUAUCAUCUCUGGGAGUGAGUAUCCGACUUCAAACUUAUUUCUUAAUGAAAUUUUUAGAGUGAAAGUUUUGUUAGAUAAGAAGUUUGAAGAUUCUAACGAAGAUGAGUUUGUUCAUGACAUGGUUAAGUGCAUGAAACUAAAAUUUGAUAAAUAUUGGGGAGAUUGCAACUUAAUGAUGUCUAUUGGUGCUAUUUUAGAUCCUAGGUGUAAAAUGAGGGUUAUUGAGUUUUGCUUUCCUAGGAUGUAUCCUGAAAAUGAAGCUUGUGAAAAUAUAGACAAAGUGAAAAAAGCUUUAUAUGAAUUGUAUAAAGAAUAUGUAGAUGAGUAUUACUCUAGUAGUGGUGAAGGAAAUGGCGAAAGUGUUGGUUUAAGAGGAAACAAUGUGACUAUUCAAGCUUCAUCUUCUGGUUGGUCUGAGUUCGCUCAAUUUGUAAGAACAGUUGAAAAUAUACAACCACAAAAAUUCGAUUUAGAUAAUUAUCUUGAAGAGAGUUGUUACAUUUGUGAAGAGGAUCCAAUACCAUUUGAUGUUUUACAAUGGUGGCGGUCAAAUUCGUUAAAGUAUCGUAUAUUGUCACACAUGGCUCGAGAUAUACUUGCAAUUCCUAUCACCACUGUUGCAUCGAAAGCUACUUUUAGUGCGAGUAGUAGAGUUAUUGACACAUAUAGAGCAUCCUUGACUACUAAAACGGUAGAAGUCUUACUUUGUGGUGGAGAUUGGUGUCGAAGCCUCUAUGAAAGAAAAGCAACAAAUGGAGAUCAAUCUUCCCAUUCCAUGAUAAUUUUUGAUUGUUUCUUUUGCAGUUUUUUUGUUGUUUUUACUGAUUUUUAUGCUGUUUUUAGUUUUUUUUGUUGUGUAGAAGCUGAAGAAGCUGUUUUGAUGCUGAGUUGGUAUAUUUUUGAAGUCUUAAAAGUUGUUUUGCAUUGA